UAGAAGCCAUCAUCACCACCCCCUUCCUUUAAAAUGGUCCAAGGGUGGGUGAGUAUCCUUCAGAAUUUGGUCCUCGGACUGCGCCACUCCAGAGCAACCGCCCAGGAAGGGACAAGCAGAGAGGAGAACCAGAAGAUGGGGCAAGUGGUCUACCUUGGACUCUGCCUGUUGGGCUGCCUUAUCCUGAACCCUAUGGCAGAAGGUGCCGCCAAUCGCACCCAGAGCGCUCGCGCUCACUGCCCUGCAGGAGCCGUCUUCUACAGAAAGUACUGCUACCAGUAUUUUAGCUCUAGCCUCUCGUGGGAUGAUGCCGAGGUCAGCUGCCAGAGGAGACAUGGGUCCCAGCUGGCCUCCAUUCUUUCUGCAAGGGAAGCAAAUGUGGUUUACAGUUACCUGCGACAAUAUGGCUCUAGCAACGUCUGGAUCGGUCUGGUAGCUGACCGUGGUACUUCGAAUAUGAUCUGGGAAUGGAGCGAUGGAUCUGUCUUCUCUCAACCCCUCUGGGACGGCCGGAGCAUCAGCCACUCAAUCUCUUCAAGUGAAUGUGUCUCUCUUUCUUAUUCAGGUUCCCAGAAAUGGAUCCAGCGUUCCUGCACGACUACCUUGCCAUACCUUUGCAAAUACAAGGCCACCUAUUAGGCCUGAAACCCUGGGCCUGAGAGGAACACCCACAGACCUCCAACUUCCUGACAGGUCCAAGGCCAGCCC